AUGGCAGAGUCGGUUGAGGAAAGCCAACAAGAUGCACAAGCCUCCCCUGAAAUGACAAGUAAAGACUACUAUUUUGACUCGUACGCACAUUUUGGUAUCCACGAAGAAAUGCUCAAAGAUGAAGUCCGUACAUUAUCUUAUCGCGCUUCUAUAUAUCAAAAUAAGCAUUUGUUUAGAGACAAAAUAGUGCUUGACGUAGGCUGUGGAACUGGAAUUCUUUCCAUGUUUGCAGCCAAAGCUGGCGCAAAGCAUGUGUAUGGUAUCGACAUGUCAAACAUUAUCGAUCAAGCUCAGCAAAUAGUCGCAGAUAAUAAAUUCAGCUCCAAAAUAACUCUGAUUAAGGGAAAAAUGGAAGAAGUUGAAUUACCAGUGAAAGAGGUUGAUAUUAUUAUCUCCGAGUGGAUGGGGUAUUUUUUGUUGUACGAAUCAAUGUUAGAUACAGUCCUGUUUGCGAGGGAUAAAUAUUUGGUAAGUUGGAAGAAAUGGGGGAAAGCAUGGGGGAAAGAAUGGGGGAAAGAAUGGGGGAAAGAAUGGGAAUGGGGAGCCGAUAAGAAGGGAGGUCUUGUAUUCCCGGACAAGGCUACAAUAUAUCUUGCUGCUAUUGAAGAUGGAGAGUACAAGGAAGAAAAAAUUGAAUUCUGGGAUAAUGUGUAUGGAUUCAAUUUUAGUUCCAUUAAAGCGGUGGCUCUUAGGGAGCCAUUAGUAGAUACUGUUGAUUACAAGGCAGUUUUGACAGAUGCAUGUGCUAUCAUGGACAUCGACCUCAACACUGUACAAAAAUCGGAUUUAACUUUCACUGCGCCAUUUGAGCUGACAUCUCAACGCGACGACUACAUCCACGCUUUCAUAGGAUGGUUUGACAUUGCAUUUAAUGCCUGUCAUAAACCAAUAAGAUUUAGUACAGGCCCCUAUGCAAAGUAUACUCACUGGAAACAGACAGUAUUUUAUACACAUGAGCCCAUCACUAUCGAAAAAGGAGAGGUCGUUAAAGGGACAAUAAGUUGUGCACCUAAUAAGAAGAAUAACAGAGACCUGGAUAUUGAGAUUGCGUUCGAGUUUCACGGAGCGAUCUGUUCUGUAUCUGAAGUGUGUAAAUACAAAAUGUGA